GGGAAUUAUUGGGGUUUAAUUGUGGUAGAGGUUUAGGUUUGGGAGGAGGUUGAGGUUCGGGUUCAUGGCGACCCAGCGGCAACCUUCCACCUCGUCGAACGCGUUUUCGUUCCUCUCCAAGGGUUGGAGGGAGGUUCGUGACUCGGCCGACGCGGAUCUUAGGCUUAUGAGGGACCGAGCAAACUCGUUCAAGAAUCUAGCCACGUCGUUUGACAGGGAGCUCGAGAAUUUCUUCAACUCCGCGCCGCCUCCCUUCGCCGUGCCGGCCAUGCGCACCGCCGGGCCCCUUCCCCCGCCGGCCGAGAUCGAUUUCGUGAAGAAGCUGCAGCCGAAGCUCAAGGAGAUUCGGAGGGCGUACUCUUCCCCUGAAUUCAGCAAGAAGGUUCUGGAGAAGUGGCGCCCCAGGGCAACGAUUCGGAUUGACCUUUCUGCGAUUCGAAACGCCAUCGUUUCGGAGGUGGAGGAGGAAGACGAAGAUAGCGAUACUACUGUGGGGUUUGAGAGGGGGAAGAGGGGGCGGAGGUUGAGCUUGAAGGAGUUUUGGGGCGAGUGGGUUGGGGAGGCUGAAGGUGAGGGUAGUGGUGGUGGUGAUUGGGAACCAAUUCGAGCUUUGAAGAGCAGGUUCAAGGACUUUGAGAAGCGUAGUUCCUCCUCUGAGAUUUUCGAUGGCUUCAAGAACAGUGAAUUUCUCGAGAAAGUCAAGUCCAGCCUGAAAUCAAUGCGCUGGGAUCAUCAAGACUCAAAGGAAGUGCCACCAUUGGACGUACCAGAACUUCUGGCCUACUUCGUUAAACAAUCUGGGCCAUUUUUGGAUCAACUUGGAGUUAGAAGAGACAUAUGUGACAAGAUAGUGGAAAGCUUGUAUAGCAAACGCAAGAACCAACUUCUGUUUCAGUCUCUUUCUGGGGAUGAAUCUUCUGUUCUUGAGAAUGGAAACAUAAAUGACGAGUUGGAUUUGCGAAUAGCAAGUGUCCUUCAGAGCACAGGUCACCGGUAUGAUGGUGGAUUGUGGACAGACCGUGGAAAACCAUUGGACAAUGAAAGACAUGUUGCAAUAGUCACAACUGCUAGUCUUCCUUGGAUGACUGGAACAGCUGUAAAUCCACUGUUUCGAGCCGCAUAUUUAUCACAAUCUGCAAAGCAGAAAGUUACUUUGCUGGUUCCUUGGCUUUGUAAAUCAGAUCAAGAACUUGUUUAUCCCAGCAAUCUCACUUUUUCUUCACCAGAAGAGCAAGAAGUUUAUAUACGUAGCUGGCUUGAGGAAAGGAUUGGUUUUCGGCCAGACUUCAAAAUUUCUUUUUAUCCUGGGAAGUUUUCAAAAGCAAGACGAAGUAUUAUUCCUGCCGGAGAUACUUCUCAAUUUAUACCAUCCAGGGAUGCCGAUAUUGCUAUCUUGGAAGAACCGGAACAUUUGAAUUGGUAUCAUCAUGGUAAGCGUUGGACAGACAAAUUCAACCAUGUUGUUGGUGUUGUCCAUACAAAUUAUUUAGAAUAUAUCAAGAGGGAGAAAAAUGGAGCGCUCCAAGCUUUCUUUGUAAAACACAUAAACAACUGGGUUGCCAGAGCGUACUGCAACAAGGUUCUUCGUCUCUCAGCUGCCACUCAGGAUAUGCCCAAGUCUAUAAUUUGCAAUGUUCAUGGCGUGAAUCCCAAGUUCUUAAAAAUUGGAGAAAAGAUUGCUGCAGAAAGGGAGCUAGGGCAAAAAGCCUUUACAAAAGGAGCAUAUUUCUUGGGAAAGAUGGUAUGGGCGAAGGGAUAUAAGGAGUUGAUAGAUUUAUUGGCAAAACAUAAGACUGACCUUGAUGGCUUCAAGUUGGAUGUAUUUGGAAAUGGUGAGGAUGCUACUGAAGUGCAGAGUGCAGCUAGAAGGUUAAGCUUGAACCUCAACUUCCAGAGAGGAAGAGACCAUGCAGAUGACACUCUUCAUGGGUACAAAGUGUUCAUAAAUCCAAGCAUUAGCGAUGUGCUAUGCACUGCUACGGCUGAGGCACUUGCCAUGGGGAAAUUUGUAGUUUGUGCGGAUCAUCCGUCAAACGAGUUCUUCAGGUCAUUCCCCAACUGUUUGACUUACAAGACAUCAGAAGACUUCGUUGCAAAAGUAAAAGAAGCAUUGGAAAAUGAGCCUCAUCCUCUGACACCUGAGCAAAGAUAUCAACUUUCUUGGGAGGCUGCUACUCAUAGAUUUAUGGAAUAUUCUGAGCUUGACAAAAUCCUGAACAAGGAAAAGGAUGGGGCAAACUCAAGUACAGAUAAGAGAAUGAUGGCUAAGUCCAUGUCACUGCCUAAUCUGUCGGCUGCAGUAGAUGGUGGCUUAGCAUUCGCUCACUACUGUCUCACAGGAAAUGAAUUCCUGAGAUUAUGUACCGGAGCAAUACCUGGGACACGCGACUAUGACAAGCAGCAUUGUAAAGACCUGAAUCUCUUGCCUCCACAGGUAGAAAAUCCUAUCUAUGGCUGGUGAAUAAACUGGCUAGUUCGAAUUUGAGGAGGAGGAGGAGGAGGAAUAUUAGAGACGCUAGAUUAUGAUAAGCAGUACUGUAAAAAAGGGUUCAUAUCUCUUGGCUGUAGGUAGAAAAUUUUAUGAAUGUCUGGUCAAUAGGUUUAGUAGCUUGAAUCUGUAGUUUCUGUUUGUUUGUAAUUAGAAGCCUGUAAGUCUUGGGUCCUUAAUUUUGUAACUUAUUUGUUUUUUUCUUUUUUGUUAAGUGAUGUAGUUCAUUACAAACAAAUAAUAUGUAGAAUGCUAAUCUAUGUUUGUACUUUGCACCAUGAAAUGGCAAGAAGAACGUCUCCCACGUAAUACGAAGUAAAA